AAGUCUAUAUUCGUUGAUACAAGUAGUCCUGUUCCUGAAUAGAGAGUAGAGAUGCUUCUUUUCCUUUCCUCUCCCCCGCGCCAUCUCCCUUACAUAUCUUUGUUGUGCACGCAGCGCGCGCCGCGGUGGCUUCUUGCGUGCGAGUAAGUAUUCCAAGCCAGCUCUGUGUAUAGCUCAGUGCUGAUGUGCGACAGUGGAGAGUAUAUUAGCGUAUACUAGAAGCGAGAUCGAGUGAAAAUCGCCUCCGUGGCUGGUGCAAUAAUGCUUUAACUGAGGAGUGGAGUUGGAUCAACUUGGUAAAAUGAGUUUCUCCAGCGACGAAGUAAAUUUCCUCGUUUACCGCUACCUUCAAGAGUCGGGUUUUCAACACUCGGCAUAUACUUUUGGAAUCGAGUCACACAUAUCCCAGAGCAACAUCAAUGGUGCUUUGGUGCCUCCAGCAGCACUCUUGUGCAUUCUCCAGAAAGGCCUACAGUAUACCGAGGCUGAGAUCUCAAUUGGAGAAGAUGGAACGGAACAAAGGAUGGUUGAGUCUCUUUCGUUGAUUGAUGCAGUUAUGCCUGAUGUGGUUGCAUCGAGACAAAACCAGCAGAAUCAGCAGAAGCAGCAACUCAAAACAGAGAUUCAAGACACAAAUGGCGAAGAAGUUGUUACCUCAAAUGAGAGUGUGGGUAACAAUGACAAGGGUGACAGAUCAGAAAUGGAAGUUGAUGAUCAACAGCAGGGACAAGGUGGUGGAAAUGCAAAUUCUGUAAAAAUACCAGCAAACAAAGCUACCAAACUGCAAGGUCACGAAUCAGAAGUAUUCAUUUGUGCCUGGAAUCCGGCCACCGACCUGUUAGCAUCUGGAUCUGGAGACAGCACAGCACGUAUAUGGGAUAUGUCAGAUAAUUCACAAUCUCCCAAUCAACUAGUCUUGAGACAUUGCAUACAAAGGGGUGGGACAGAAGUACCCAGUAACAAGGAUGUCACUUCGCUUGACUGGAAUUGUGAUGGAAGUUUGUUAGCAACCGGUAGUUAUGAUGGUUAUGCUCGAAUUUGGACGACUGAUGGUAGAUUGGCAUCAACGUUAGGACAGCACAAGGGACCGAUUUUCGCGUUAAAGUGGAAUAAACGGGGCAAUUACAUCCUCAGUGCCGGAGUUGAUAAAACCACGAUUAUUUGGGAUGCGGCAAGCGGGCAAUGUACUCAGCAAUUCAGUUUUCAUUUAGCACCAGCCUUGGAUGUCGAUUGGCAAACGAACACAUCUUUUGCCAGUUGCUCCACGGAUCAAUGUAUUCAUGUUUGUAAACUUCACGUCGACAAACCAAUCAAGAGCUUCCAAGGACACACGAACGAGGUCAACGCUAUCAAAUGGGAUCCUCAAGGAAAUCUACUAGCCAGUUGUUCGGAUGAUAUGACUUUAAAAAUUUGGUCAAUGAAACAGGACACUUGCUUGCAUGAUCUUCAAGCACACAGUAAAGAAAUUUAUACAAUCAAAUGGUCUCCAACUGGACCUGGUACUUUAAAUCCAAAUAUGAACUUGACCCUUGUAAGUGCAUCCUUUGAUUCUGAUGUAAGACUUUGGGACAUCGACCGAGGUGCCUGCAUAUACACACUAACUCAGCAUACCGAGCCAGUAUACAGCGUUGCUUUUAGUCCUGAUGGAAAAUUCUUGGCUAGUGGAAGUUUUGAUAAAUAUGUUCACAUAUGGUCCACACAGAGUGGUCAACUAGUGCAUAGCUACAAAGGAACCGGGGGAAUUUUCGAGGUGUGCUGGAACAGUAGGGGAGACAAAGUUGGAGCUUCAGCUUCUGACGGCAGUGUAUUCGUCCUUGAUCUUCGCAAACUAUGAUUAAUGACAAAAAAUUAGAUUUUGUAACUACCUGCGUACACAUAACGUCUAAUUUGCCUUUUCGUGAUAUAUCCCUACAACUUGAUGGCCGCGAUAAUUUAAAUUAUAUAACCUACAUUUUUUUAUAUUAAUUUGACGCCUUCCAUUUAUUGUCUUAUUCGACUUUUACUUUACUAUCUCACAAUUUUCAGAGGCAGUUAUCGAAUAUAAUUUUUUGCAUCAAGUAUGGUCAAUUUUUUAAAUUGUACAUUAUAUUAAACCGAUUUCUGUAAAUUAAUUACAUUUUUGUAUUUGCUAAAGACUGUAGAAAAUAUUAAUUAUCAUGAAAAUCAAUACUUCUAUAAAAUAUGUGUUUUAAUUUUAAUAUGGAGUAACUAUUAUAUAUAUUAUAUAUAAUUAUAUACAUAUAUAUAUCUACAUAUAUAUGUAUAUGAUUUCUGGACAGAAAAAAAACUUUCUAAUAAACACCUGAAAGAAAUGACUAAA